GGCAAAGUUGAGAGCGUGCACAACACUUUGAAUUUGUCUCCAUCUCUCUGCUGGAUCUCACAUUCCAUCUCCGCAUGUCGGAAUCUCCUCCGCGCUCCCCCAGACGCAACAUCCAAGGUCGUUGAUUCGCGAGUGCGCAAGUACAAAAUCCGGUGGGCAGCCGGUGUGGGUCCCCGAGAUGGAGUCGCAGCCCCGGAAUGAAUCGCCAGAGCUGGUCUAAACCAAGAAGAGGUUAAUGUGCGCUGCAGAUGAGGAGUCUUGUCGGGGUCGAUUCCCGACGCAGAUGACGCUGGAUUUCCCGACGCAGGUGACACUGGAUUUUGCCGAACGAAACAAGGCAAGGCUCACCUUUGCCGGGAAUCCAGCCCUGUCGACGAGGCUUAUCAUUUGGCUGGUGAUUGUGAUACCUGGGACUGCGGCUGAGUGCGGCUGGCUCUCUAUCUGUGUGCGCGAAGGAAGUUGGGGUAGGCAGAUUUCCAUCAUUGAUGUCUGCGUCUAUCUCGGGAUAGAAGCCCGUCGCGUUUUCGGAGGCCUUUGCGAUCAGCGGGCUCGCGAUCAGGCUGAGGCUCUUAUGCUGGAGCUCGCUUCGGUCUGGAAGAGUCAAAUACAGCAAGACGACAGGGCCUUGUUCUCCUCGAUGGCCCACAUCUCGCAGCGAUCGUCCGAGUCAAGCAGAUUUACGAGUGGUGAUACUCGUGUUGCAAUUUCAUAGACUUUAAAGAUUUUGUCAUACGAUGGAAACUCCAGAGGAUUCACCUGGGCAAGUUGCGGAGCAGUUUACUUCAAGACCAGUUGCGUGA